ACAACUAUACUGUGUUCAUUAAUCUUGUUGCAUAUGCUUACUUAUAAUCCUGAUUCGUUAUAUUCUGUUAUGUUAUUUGCAUAUCAAUCUUUUGCAUGUACGAGAAUUAGACCGUAUAUAAGUCACGAUAUGAGCGUCGCAGUUAUAUACUGGUUUUUGGUAGCUUACAAGUAGCAUUUAUUCUGUGCAUAGAAUAGUUUCAACUUGGAAUAAACUGACUGAAUUGAAAAUAAGUGUGAUUAAAGGAUGGUAGAAAAGGAACUUACUCCUGAUGAAGUUAUAGAGGAGCUAGGUGGAUGUGGACGAUUUCAAUGGCGGAUCAAUGUGAUCGCUCACCUCAUGAAAACCAUAAUCUGCUUUAGUACAACUGGCAUGAUUCUCAUAUCGGCAACCCCGAGAUGGCGAUGUGCGGACAGCAAAUUGUGUACGAAUAACACCCUAAUGGAAUCAUUUAACGAGUCAGCAGCCUCCGUUUGUCCUAUUAAAACGUGUUCCAUUGGAAACUCCUCAUGCCAGAAUAUUCAGUUUGAAGAUAGAAUGAAAACUAUGGUAACCGAUUUUGAGCUGGUGUGUGAGCGAGACUUCAUACCAAGUACAACAAUGUCAAUACAGAUAGCAGGCACGCUUGUUGGCAAUGUGGUAGCUGGACAAUUUGGAGAAUUGUUUGGAAGAAAACGUCCGUUCUUCAUGGCGUUAGUUAUAACUAUGGUCUUCAACGUCGUUGGAUUUUUUUCAAAACAUUGGGUUGUGUUUGCUGUUUGCAGAUUUUUUAUUGGACUUGCUGCUGGUUUUUUCAUGACAAUGAAAUAUGCAUUAUUGUGCGAGUUUUCAUUGGCAAACUGGCGAUCUUGGAUAAUAGGAUUCCCUUCUUGGCCUAUAGAAGCGUGUGUGCUUGCUUUUUGUGCAUGGUUGCUAAAGGACUGGCGUUAUAUUCAAAUCAUGACAGCAGCCAUCGGAAUCCCAUGUUUGAUAGCGUGGUGGUGGAUUCCAGAAAGUUUCAGAUGGCACGUAGCUCAUGACAGACAGGAUGUUGCAGAGGGCAUUAUUCAGCACGUGGCUAAAGUAAACAGGAAAAAACUAAUGGCUACUGAUCAUAUCUUACAUAAACCUGAGACGGCUGUAAAGGAUAGAAAACACACGAUACUUGACCUGUUUGCAUCCAGAGAGCUCAUAGUUGUCUCACUACUUUCAGCACUUAUUUCAUUUGGACGGCGUAUAACAGCAGUAAUUUGCUUUGUAACGGUGGCCGUCGGAGGGCUCGUCGUAGGAGGUGUUCAAUCAGCAGAUGCACCUAACAAGGGUAUGUUGACGAACAUAUUUGCCUUGAUAGCAAACAUUGGCAUCACAACAGCUUGGGGUCCAGUGCAGACGAUGACCAUUGAACUGUAUCCGACUGUUAUAAGGACCAUUGGAUUUGGGACACUGAGCGUCUUUGGCCGCUUGUCGGCGAUGGUGGGGCCCCAGCUGGUUUAUUUGGAUUCGAAAAUGCCUGGCAUAAUGUACCACGUUAUUGGGGCCAUCGGAGUUAUCUGUGCAAUAGGAAGCCUAAAACUCCCGGAAACAAUGGACAAGGACUUGGCGGAUAAAAUUGUCAAAAGAAAUACAAUAUCACAAUCACCCCAAACCAACACAACCGUUUAAUAUGUGAACAUAUACGAUCAAAAUCAUAACGUACAAUCUACUUUAACAGUUGAAUACAGUUGCUUUAACGCGUAUUUGACCGAACAGUUAGGUAAAGAACAAAACCAGUGUUAUUACAGUGUAAAGGUCAUUUAACCAUUUAAACGGAUUGAAAAAGAAAUUAUUAAAAUUAUUAAUUGGAUAGUGUGUUACUUAUUAACAAAUCGAUGUAUAAUAACAGUGUAAAUAAUGGCCUGAUUUUAAUUAAUGUACGGUUUUGAAAAAGAAUCUUCGUUAAACAAAAACAAAAGAGAUAAUAAAACCAGUUUGUCUUUGCUUCAAAUCCGAGAGUAUUUCCCAUUAUUUUCUUAGAUUAUUUCUGUCAAUCUUUCGCUUUUCUGUAGAAUGGCAUUUCACACACGGCAUAAUCGCAGAGAGAAGAAACAAACUGUUUCAAUCAUUUCUAGCCUUUAUAUACAAAGAGUAAAGGGAAACAUCGGCUUUUUACACACUUUUAUUUUUUUUAACGAAACUCACAUAUUUAGUCAAUCUACAAGACAGAGACAUCCAAACAGGCGUCAAACAUGCCAAACGUCAUUAGCAGUGUUUUGUUGUUGUUGCUUUUAAAAAAAAAUUACAUUUCUCACGAUCAGGGCCGAGACAAUUGUUCAGUGUUCAGUCGAUUUGAAAACUCUUUUUAGUUAAAGGGAAACAGUUCAAUCACUGUUAUCCAACAUGGAGCUUUUUCAAAAAAAGAUUUGUACAUUUAAUGCGCCUUUACGUCAAUGAGAGCGAAAUAGUUGUAAGUCAGUCAUGUAAGGACACUGUGACGGUUAUGUGCAAAUGUCAUUAAAGUAAGGUUGUAACUUGUUCUUACUCUAUACUUUUAUAAAUCAUGAAUGAUAUGCUGAAACUUUAACAAAUCGUCAGCAUAACUAUGCGAUUGACGG